CAACUAACAACAAGCCUCCAAGACUAUUACACGCAAAUAAGUGGAAUCAAAAGUGGCAUGGAGCGAGUCAGGCCGGCACGGUCAAAACGCGGGGCCCCAACAUUCGUCCACUGUGGCGUGUCCCCCAGAGUUUGGUAGCCGGGAUCCAGCUCAACAUCGUCGCUCAGGAGAAGCAAUGCCUAGUCUAUAAAGAAGGGACAUCCUUCAGUCCCCAGUAGCAACUGCUCUUAGAUCAUCGACGACAUCCUCCAAAGAUUUUACUUAUCAUUCGAUCUUCGGAUCGAAGACCUACACAAUGCAAUCCACGACAAAACAGGACCAAACCUUCAUCGAGGAUAUGAGUCGAGAGAAGGCCAGCGAUAUCGAGGAGACCACCUCCAUCAUCGACGAACGUGAGAGACGACAAGCUCUCAGUCAGGUCAUCAGUCGCAAGCUCGAUAAACAUCUCAUGCCACUUCUUUGUGUCUUAUUUGUCCUUUCUUACCUCGAUCGAGGCAACAUCGGCAACGCAAAGACCGCAGGAGCUCAGACAGAUCUGGGACUAAGCAGUGUUCAGGUCUGUCCAACUUUCCCCUAAAAUACAGAGUCCGCUGAUUGGCAAUAGUGGUCCUGGGUACUUCUCUCCUUUUACAUCACCUACACUUCCUGCGAAUGGCUCGUGCUCUGCUGGAAGAUCUUCCCUGCCCAUAUCUACGUCACAGUACUAUGUAUCGGAUGGGGCGGUGCUGCUAUGUGUAGCGGGGCUGUCAACAACCUCGGCGGUAUGAUCGCAACACGAGUCUUUGUGGGCCUUUUCGAAGCUGGCUUUGGAGCCGGCGUACCAUACUUCAUGUCGCUGGCCUACAAGAGAUCGGAGCUUGGAGCACGGGUUGCUCUUCUACUGGGAACGAGUCCUAUUGCAAACUGUGUUGCUGGCACCAUGGCAUACGGAAUUUCCCAUAUCGAGUCUCAUAUCGCAUCUUGGAGAUGGAUUUUGAUCAUCGAGGGUAUCCCUACGGUCCUCAUGGCGCCUGUUGUCUACUUCUACCUGAUGGAUGAUGUCAAAAGUGCCAAGUUCUUGACAGAAGACGAGAAGACUUUUGCUGUUGAAAGACUGCAAACCAUUGACACAACAGCGAAGAGCAAAUUGUCCAAGGCACAAAUUUGGGCCGGCAUAGCUGACUAUAAGAGCUACUGCCAUGCUUUGAACCACUUCUGCUGCAACUACUCUUUCGCAUGCUUGUCCAACUUUCUUCCAACCAUCGUUCAGGGCCUAGGAUACACAAGCAUUCGGGCCCAGGGCCUGACUGCACCACCAUAUCUCGGCGCGUUCAUCUGCUGUAUCGGUGCGGCUUUUGCUACUGCGAGAUUUGGAAACCGAGGACCCUUCACUGCUGGGUUUGCUACCCUUGGUGCAAUCGGAUAUGGGCUUUUAGCCUCUCAAACCAACACCCAUGUUCGUUAUGCAGCAAUUUGGUUUGCAUCUUGUGGUGUCUUCCCAGCACUUGCGUUAAACAUGACCUGGAUGCUCAACAACCAGGCCGGUGACACGAAGAAGGGGGUCGUGAUGUCGAUGCUGGCUAUCUUCGGUCAAUGCUCAUCCUUCGUUGCUGCUACAAUCUUUCCAAAUGAAGACAAGCCAUAUUACGUGAAAGGUACUGCUGUCGGCUGUGGACUCACAGGCUUGAUCGUGCCAGUUUCCCUAUUUCUGCAUUUCAAGUUGAAAGCAGAAAAUAAAAGAAGAGAUGCUGCGGCAGCGACAGUCCAUGCCGUUGAGGGUGGGCCACAGAUCGAUGUGACUGCUCUGGGAGAUGCUCAUCAAGAUUUCCGAUAUUUCACAUGAGGAGGAUGAAGUCCGGAACAAGCAGAGAAUUGAUCUCUAUCGAAUGAUCGUUGGGGGUGGUUACCGAAUCCCAGGUCGAAAAACGCCAGAAGAGAAGGGUAAAGAGGAAUAUUGUUCUAUCCAAUGACAUAAUUCAUACAUACGAAGUACGG